GAGUUCUCAGGAGCAAGCUCUGACCAGUGAGAGGGAGUGACAUAUCCGGAUCCAGUCCCUCCCUUCUCACCCAUCCCCACACACUCUUCUCACGUGCUCGGAGGGAGUUAAACAGACGUGAGCCCAGUGAGCCCGUGGCUCUGCAAAAGACAAGCCCGUCGGGUUUAAAGGAGGAAGAAAAAAAAAAAAAGACCUCAGAUCAAGUCAAAGCAUCGGAGUUGCCCUGAAGCAGCGGAGCAGACCAGCGCCAAGAUGAAUGGCCCCGUGGACGGCAAGUACGACCGCUCUCGUGAGGACGGAGCUUUCAUGUUCACGUCGGAGUCUGUGGGAGAGGGACAUCCAGAUAAGAUCUGUGAUCAGAUCAGUGACGCGGUCCUAGAUGCCCACCUCCAGCAGGACCCCAACGCCAAGGUGGCCUGUGAGACAGUGUGCAAGACGGGCAUGGUGCUGCUGUGCGGGGAGAUCACCUCCAGGGCCACGGUGGACUACCAGCGUGUGGUGCGCGACGCCAUCAAGCACAUCGGCUACGACGACUCAGCCAAGGGCUUUGACUUCAAGACCUGCAACGUGCUGGUGGCUUUGGAGCAGCAGUCCCCAGAUAUCGCCCAGGGCGUCCACCUCGACAGAAACGAAGAGGACGUGGGUGCUGGGGACCAGGGCUUGAUGUUCGGCUACGCCACGGAUGAGACGGAGGAAUGCAUGCCACUCACCAUCAUCCUCGCUCACAAGCUCAACGCCCGCAUGGCGGAGCUGAGGCGCUCGGGGGUCCUCCCCUGGCUGAGGCCCGACUCGAAGACCCAGGUGACAGUGCAGUACUCGCAGGACAAGGGCGCGGUGAUUCCCGUGCGCAUCCACACCAUCGUCAUCUCGGUGCAGCACGACGAGGACAUCACGCUGGAGGACAUGCGCAGGGCCCUGAAGGAGCAAGUGAUCCAGGCCGUGGUGCCCGCCAAGUACCUGGACAAGAACACCAUCUACCACCUGCAGCCCAGCGGCCGCUUCGUCAUCGGGGGGCCCCAGGGUGACGCGGGCGUCACAGGCCGGAAGAUCAUCGUGGACACCUAUGGCGGCUGGGGGGCACAUGGCGGGGGGGCCUUCUCCGGGAAGGACUACACCAAGGUGGACCGCUCUGCCGCUUACGCCGCCCGCUGGGUGGCCAAGUCCCUGGUGAAAGCCGGACUCUGCCGGCGAGUGCUGGUACAGGUGUCCUAUGCCAUCGGGGUGGCCGAGCCCCUGUCCAUAUCUCUCUUCACCUAUGGGACAUCCCAGAAGACGGAGGCAGAGCUUCUAGAAGUGGUGAACAGGAACUUUGACCUCCGGCCUGGUGUCAUUGUCAAGCAACUGGACCUGAGGAAGCCCAUCUACCAGAAGACGGCGUGCUACGGCCACUUCGGGAGGAAGGAGUUUCCCUGGGAAGUCCCCAAGAAGCUUGUGUUCUAGAGCCCCCCAGGGCACCCCCUUCCCAGGCUUCCGCCCUCACACCCCUGGACCCCAGCAAGCAGCCCCUCCCGCCCCCCACCCCCGCCCUUCGGGCCCAGGUGGUGUGGAUUGAGUGGGCACCCUCCCUCCUCAUGCAGAGCACGUACCCCCUCCCCUCGCGGGACCCCCUCCCCCCCCACUCGGCAGGCUCCACACUUGCGUCAUAGUCGGCGUGUCUCACAGAACUCAGGGCUCUGUGGGGUCCUGCCCUACACACACACACAACCCAACAUAUACACACUCACACCCCAGCUGUGUCAGGGCCUCUUCCCCCUAGGCUGGACGCCGGAUGGGGGCCGGAAGGGACCCGCUCGGUGACACACGGGCAGUGAGCUCAUUGCUGGUCUCGUUUCUCCUUCACUGCAGCACGAUGAGGUAGCACCUUCCCUCUUUCCCCGCUUGUUAACAGGGAAACCCAGACGCAGACCACCGAGGUCACUGGCCCGGGGCCUCCCCUUGAAUUCCAGAAGCUUCGACUCAGGAGCCUGCGUGGCAGCCCUGCCCCCAUCCUGGGCCUGACCUAAGCAAGGCCAGAGCAGACUGCCGAGAGGCGGUGCCCUCACCCACGCCCAUCCUGGAGAUGGGAAUUGUUGGGAUUGAGGGUCUAAGCCCCACGGCGAGGCGAGGCCUGAUGAGAUGUGGGCGGAAGGAGGCAGACCCCUCCCAGGGCUCAGCCAGCCCAGGACCAUCUACAGAGUCAGGCGUUGCUCAGGACCCUCAUUUUUUUUUUUUUCAACGCUGGGACCCUGUCCUGGCCGUGAGGCUGGGCUGGAGUUUGGAAUCGAGCAAGCACAUGGCCCCCUCCCCUGACCGUGGGGACAUGCAGGACCCCUGGGUGAGUGGUGAAGUCUAGUCCAGCCCCAUCUGGGCUUCCCGGCUCUGAAGUCAAGGCCCUGGACUGUGGGGCCCCCUUCCUCUGGCCGUUGUGGACCCCUUGCAGUGUGCUGAGUCAGUUGGGCAGCCCUCAGGGACCCCUUCCCGAGGGCCAGGCUCUCAGGGCUAACCUGCUGGCCCUGCUCCUGUGAGGAGCGCCUAGUAGGCAGGCCCAUUUCCCUGCCUUCUCUCCGGGCCAGCCUCCCUCCCCCUCCUCCUCAGCCUCCCUCCGCAGCUCCCUGGACCUCAGGUGCAGCCUCCAGGGACCGCCCCCCCCCCCCCCCCCCCCGAGAGAAUACUAGCCGGGGACUUCUUUCGUUCAGAGGGUGCUGGUGCUGGCUUGGGGUAGCCCAAGAAGCCAGACAUGGUGCAGACAGCCUGGAGCCCCAAGGCUGGGCUCGCUUUCUCCCGAGGACAGGGGGACGGUCCCCCAGAGCAGCAAGGCCUAGCACCUGGGCAGGAUUCAGGAGCUCUGGGGUCUCCCAGGGGUUCCCCAUCCCCCAGGAAAACCUCCAGAUCCUUUCAGGACAGGGAGGCAGCCAAGUGACCCGGGUUGGGGGUGGAGGAGUAUCCCAUAACCUGGGCCGGCCAAAUAUUCAUCCCAGCGAAAAUGUUGUCUUUGUCCACCUCCUUGUCAAACAGGGCCCCACAUUGUUUAUAGGAUUGUGUAUAAAAACUGGAACCUUUCUUUGUGAAUAGUUUCUGCUAGAAAAAAAUUAAAAACUUACAGAAGAACCA